CAGGGCAGUUCCUCACAUUACUGAGAGCCAUGAAGCAUUUGGUCUUAGUGGUUUUGUGUUUGCUGCCGUCUCUGCAGCCGGCUCACAGCAGGACAAACUGCAAGCCGGUGACCUCCAGCUUUUGUCAGGGUUUGGGGUACACCACUACCCUCCAUCCGACCGGAGCAACGGGCUUCAACCUGCAGCAGACGGGUCAGAUUGUGGCGACCGCUUGCUCUCCGAACAUCGCCACAGUCAUGUGCCGUGUCGUUGUGCCCGAGUGCGACUCGGAGAAUAACAGCCGGAUGAAGCCGUGCCGAGCUCUCUGCGAGAAGGUCAAGACCGACUGCGAGUCGACCCUCAAAGCCAAGAGGUUGAUCUGGCCGACGAGACUCCGGUGUGAAGAUUUACCAGCGUCUAACUGUGUGCAGGGUCAAGACACCGCUGUAACCCAAACCUCCUCUGCAACAUGUGAGGAAAUCCGUGUCCCUCUCUGCAGAGACCAGCCGUACACUGAGACCGUGCUGCCUAACAUUCUGGGCCACACAACUCAGGAGGAUGCCGGCCUGGUUAUAGCCACGUAUUCACCCCUGAUACAAGUGGAGUGCUCCCCUCAUCUGAAGCCCUUCUUGUGCUCCAUCUACAUUCCUAAGUGUGUGUCGGGAACACCUCGCACUCCCUGCAGGACGCUCUGCGAGCAGGCGAGGUCCGGCUGUGAAUCACUGAUGAACAAGUAUGGCCUCCUGUGGCCAGAGGCCCUCAGGUGUGAAGCGUUUACCACAGAGUCCUGUGAACACAAUCAAGACUUCAGUUUAACCCAAACCUCCUCUGCAACAUGUGAGGACAUCAGUGUCCCUCUCUGCAGAGACCUGCCGUACACUCAGACUGUCCUGCCUAACAUUCUGGGCCACAGCAAGCAGGAGGAUGCCGGCCUGGAGAUACAUCAGUUUUUCCCGAUGGUAAAGAUGGGGUGCUCCCCUCAUCUGAGGCCCUUCUUGUGCUCCAUGUACAUUCCUGAGUGUGUGUCGGGAAUACCUCGCCCUCCCUGCAGGACGCUCUGCGAGCAUGCACGGUCCGGCUGUGAGCCACUGAUGGCAAAGUUUGGAUUCCAGUGGCCAGAAGCCCUCAGGUGUGAAGCGUUAACCACAGAGUCCUGUGAACACUACGGAGUGGGCAGCAGCGGGGGCGUCUGUGAGCCCAUCACCAUACCCAUGUGCCAGGGCCUCUCCUACAAUCAGACCAUCACUCCAAACCUCCUGGGACACACGAGCCAAAGAGAAGCAGUGGUGAAGAUGUCCUUUUUCAACGCCAUGGUGCAAACUAUGUGCUCGGUGGACGUGCGCCUGUUCGUGUGCAUGGUGUACGCCCCCCAGUGUGUGGCGGGGGAAGUGCAGCGGCCCUGCAGGUCUUUCUGUGAGAGGGCCAAACGGGGCUGUGAGCGUGUGAUGAGCAGCUUUGGCGUUUCCUGGCCAAAUGAUCUGCGGUGCAACUCGUUCCCAGAGGAAAUGUGCGUCUCAGAAGACAGCAGGCCUGAUACGCUGAAUGCUGAAGGCGUUGUCGCUAGGCUGAACGCCGGGGGAUACUCUGUCCGUGGCAAAUCCCUGAGUCUGAUGACGGCCCGCCUCCUGUUGACUCUCAUGGACGCAGACCGGACUGGAGACCUGGACGUGGUGGAGGUCUUCAAGCUGGAGCACUAUGUGGCUGUUGUCCGAAGGGAGUAUGUUGAGAGCUACGAGAGCAGGACCCCGCCCUCUGUCACACAAACCCAAAUGAAGAAGGCUCUGUCUGCCCGCGAUAUCGAGUUAGACGAUGAAACCUUCCGUGUGCUUUGGCUCGGGUACAGAGGGGGCAUCGACUACGACGACUAUGUGGCCGUCACCACAAAACUGCAGAUCCUCAGAGAACGUUUCAAUGCUCAUCUGCUGACAUUACCGUGUGACUGCCAAGUGGCCAGCUUCUCUUUCAAGCAGUUCAUGAAAUCAGCCAUAAUCUGAGGAUCAAAGCGAAGCUGAAUGGAGGACGAAUGUUGUCUUUAGUAGCGUUUAGUGUUUGUAGCUGUAGAGACCUUAUAUGUGGUCAUGUAUCAUUUUAUCAUCAUUAACAAAACUUUAUUGUUCAAGUGCAGAAACACAAAAACACUGAAGUUCAGCUGUCGUCUGGAGAUAAGUGUGUUUUCAGAUCACAGAUGUGAA